AUGUCUAGCUACGACACACCUCCGAAGGACGGCCGCGAAGCAGUCGAAAGGCUUCGAGCUACGGCCAAGAGCGGCAAACCUAUCAUUGGUUCCGGCGCCGGCAUUGGUCUCACGGCAAAGUUUGUCGAAAAAGGAGGAGCCGACUUGAUCAUCCUCUACAACUCGGGCAGAUAUCGAAUGGCAGGUAGAGGCUCGCUAGCAGGACUCAUGCCGUAUGGAGAUGCCAACGCUAUCGUGGUAGAAAUGGCAGCCGAAGUGCUGCCCGUCAUCAGUCACACUCCUGUUCUCGCCGGUGUUUGUGCUUCGGACCCAUUCCGAUCGAUUCCCAAGUUCCUACAGCAACUCAAGGAGAUCGGCUUUGUCGGCGUGCAAAAUUUUCCCACAGUGGGCUUGAUCGACGGCAACUUCCGACAGAACUUGGAAGAGACAGGCAUGGGCUACGACCAAGAGGUGGAGCUCAUGAAACACGCCAAGCAGCUCGGGCUUCUCACUACCCCAUACGUGUUCAACACAGAGGAGGCUGUAAAGAUGGCAAACGUGGGCGUCGAUGUCAUUGUGGCGCAUAUGGGCCUCACCACAAGCGGCAGCAUUGGUGCUCAAACCGCUAUGAGCUUGGACAACGCAGUCGAGCUCACUUGCAAGAUAACGGCCAAGGUGCACUCCAUCGCACCGGACACUUUGGUGCUCGUACAUGGUGGUCCUGUGGCUUCAGCUUCUGAUGCACAAUACGUUCUCGAUCGGGUACCUGGCCUUGCCGGCUUCUACGGCGCUUCGAGCAUGGAGCGACUUCCCGUCGAAAUUGCUUUGCAAGAAAGCAUGAACGAUUUCAAGAACCUCCAGAUCUCUUCGUCGAAAGUGAUAUGCUGA